UUCUAAAUAGAACUGUUUGAUUAAAAGGACAGCUGAUAAAAAGACAACUGUGACAUUUUUAUUUGCAUUAUCUUUAAAAUGUACUAUUUAAGCAGAUAUGGGUUUUAGGUCAUUUCAUCAAUAGUUAAGUCUACUUGUCAAAAAAUGGAGGUUUUUGCAUUGCUACUUUGUCUCUCCUUAACAAUUGCAGUUUCAAAAGGAAACAAUUGUAACUGCUCGAUUUCAGAAAGUCUCGUUAAAUCUCUUGUGCAAAAAGAGUUGAAACAAUUGUUAAGACAGGACAUUUAUCACAAAGGUCGACGCGAUAUUGAUUCUCUAGUGUUUACGAAAUGUCCUAAUGGUUUUGUUCGUCAUGAUGACUCAUGCUACAUUGCUUCACACGACCUUGCGAAUUGGCCGGAUGCACUUGUUUAUUGUGAAGCGUAUGGUUCCCAUUUGACAUUCAUCGAGACUGAACGUGAGCAAAAUUUCCUGACAAAUUACAUUAAAUUAUUUAAUGGAAGUUCUACUGAUCACGACUAUUAUUAUUGGAUUGGAGGAACCGAUGCCGUGUCGGAAACAGAAUGGAUCUGGGCUAAAGCUGUUACUCCAGUAAAGUAUACACACUGGAGACCAGGGGAGCCAGAUAAUAAUCCUGGACAUGCCAGCAAACAUCAGGAUUGUAUGGCCAUUUAUGGUAGCACUGGGCUUUGGGAUGAUGGCUGGUGUGAAACGGAACAUAACUUCAUCUGUGAAAUAGAGCUUGAUGUGGAUUCUAGCCAGAUAGUUGGAUGAUAAGCAUUAUUAUUUGAUGUCGAUUUAUGUGCAAAAGCCACAAUAAAAGUCACGUUUCAACUGUA